AGACCCGAUGACGAGAAAGAAGCGUUCUACGCGCAGUUAGAGCAAACAUACGAUGCUUGCUCGCCGCGUGACGUGAAGAUCGUUGUCGGCGACAAGAACGCGCAGGUAGGAAGGGAGGAAAUGUACAGACCAGUAAUCAGACGAAACAGCCUGCACGCCGUAUCGAAUGAUAACGGCCAGCGAUGCGUAAACUUUGCAGCCUCCCGUGGUAUGGUAGUCCGAAGCACCUUCUUCCCCCGCAAAGAUAUCCACAAAGCCACCUGGAGAUCACCCGACCAACAAACAGAAAAUCAAAUCGACCACGUUCUAAACGACGGUAAAUUCUUCUCGGAUAUAACCAAUGUCCGCACAUACCGCAGUGCGAAUAUAGAUUCGGAUCACUACUUAGUCACUGUAUGCAUGCGCUCAAAACUUUCGACAGUUAUCACCACGCGUCGAAGUCGAACGACGCGACUCAACAUCGAGCAGCUGCGUAACGUAGAAGUGGCUCAAGACUUCGCGCAGCAGUUAGCAGUGGCCCUACCAACGGAAGAGCAGCUUGGCGCAGCUACACUUGAAGAUGGCUGGAGGGACAUCCGAUCUGCCAUAGGUAGUACCUCGGCUACAGCACUAGGCUUCGCGACUCCGAAUCACAGAAACGACUGGUACGACGGCGAAUGUGAACAGUUGAAAAACGAGAAGAAUGCAGCAUGGGCGAGAAUGCUGCAACACCGUACGAGAGCGAAUGAGGCACGUUACAAACAGGCGCGGAACAGGCAGAACUCAGUCUUCCGGAUGAAGAAGCGCCAGCAGGAAGAACGAGAUCGCGAAGCGAUGGAAGAGCUGUACCGCGCUAAGGACACACGAAAGUUCUACGAGAAGCUGAACCGCUCGCGCAGAGGCUUUGUGCCACAAGCCGACAUGUACCGAGAUAAUCACGGGAAUAUUCUCACGAGCGAGCGUGAGGUGGUCGAGAGGUGGCGGCAGCAUUACGAUGAGCACCUCAAUGGCGACAUUGCAAGUACCGGAGGUGGCGUGGUAACAGAUCUAGGAGUAUGUGCACAGGACGAAAGACUUCCGGCCCCUGACCUUCAAGAGAUUGAGGAGAAGGUUGGCCGGUUGAAAAACAACAAAGCCGCUGGAGCAGAUCAACUACCAAGCGAGCUUCUAAAAUACGGUGGAGAACAGGGUUGUUAACGUUAAUCAACGAAUAACGCCGUUAACGUUAAAUUUUGCCAAAAUCAACGUCAACGGCGUUGCGUUGAUUUUUAUGGCAAUUAACGUUAACGUCAACGAAAUGCGUUAAAUUAACGUCAACUAUACCGUUAAUUCUAGCGUUACUUUCUGUUACGUACUUUGGGUUCUGAAAAAUAUGACUCUUCUUAGCCACUUUUUCAGUUGAUCAUAGUAGCCAAGCACACCUAUGUCAAAAUUUUUCACUCAUUUCAAGUUAUCAUUUUGGCAAAGUCCAAUCAGUUUGAUUUCUGAAACGUAACUUCGUGGCCGUGCGGCUAGUUUUACCAACUGCAUCGAGCUGGGAUUCGAUUCCCGCCGCGCCGCAUGUAAGUCCGGUGCCUGUAAUGUCGUGCUUCUUUGAAGAGCAAACCUGGAAUCAAUGAACGUUUUGAUGCUGCUUUACACAACUUUUCAAGUUUUCAAUGUUGCUCGCAUUAUCUGGAUAUUAGAAUGCAAGACAGAAAAUUCCUUGCUGCUGCACUUCCAAUCCCCGAACGCGAGAAAUAAUGUAUGCGCCCCCGGGUCUCUUCCUAAUCUUCGGUUCUGUGAGAUGGCAUUGCCAUUGGCUACGAUACCCACAUGGCGACCGUCGUGUUGUAAGUAAUUUGAUAGGCGACGUUUUUUCUUUUGGAUGAUUACACUGCUGGUUCGUAAACAAGCGGAAAAGCUUCUAACUGCUUUUUAUCCCUGAGGCUAAUGGAUUGGAAUCAAAUUAGUGUGUCCCUCUGGCAAUAAGUUGGCAAUGAUCCUCUCUUAGAGUAAACACCGAAAUUUUCUUGAAUUUGAGUACUGCAAUUUGUAACUUCGGAUAACUAGCAGGCCCUUAGGUAUUCCCGUGAAAAUAAAAUAGAUUAAUUGUCUGAUAAUGGAACAAUGGAAAUUAGCCUUGAAAUACAAAUUGAAAUUUAUUUUCCAACCGAAUCGAUGGCCAUUCAAUAACUUCUGGCGAUUCGGAAGAAAAAAACGCAUCGAAAACCAAUUGCGCUAAUUGCUUCCUCGGAAUGGGACACAUUGCAAUGGGAAUGGGAAAUGAUGUCGAAUGGAAAUGCGUCAUAGAUCCGAUGGUAUCCAUUACCAUAUUGGAUAAUGAAAAAAAAAAAACAUUGAAGAAUAAACAAGAUGAAAGUUCCUUACUUAUGAGAUCAAUACACUUACUGGUGGCUGUUUCCUUUAACAAUAUAGUUCGUCAAAUACUUUUUUCCUGGAAAUUAAGGAAUUCAUCUAGGAACACGAAUUCAUCCAUGGAUUCUUCCAUUAUUUUCUUAAAUAUGGGUUAAUUCUACAAAUUUCUUCAAUAAUUCUCUAACGAGAUUCUUCAAGAUUUCUCUAAGGAUUCCUCCAUGAGAUUUCCAGAA